AUGGAGUGUCAGGAAAUUGAUCAAAUUGUUUGGAUCUUCAAGAGAAUAGAUGGAAGCAAAGAGAAAGACGUGUUCGCCAUGUUCGCCACCUACGUUGCACCGGUGACCCAAACGAUGCAGCAUAUCACGCGUAGUCGAAUGACAGCAGACCGUAACGCCUCUAGGAUUGACCAGUUGGGCCAAAAGGCCGAGAAGCGAUACCGCCAGGUGUCGAUACCUGCUGCCGCUCGCCUGAGUCUGGGCACCCAUUGGAUAGCUGUUCCUAGUUCUAUCCAAGCAUUAGAUUUUGUUCUUUCUCCUCCCGUUGGAGGUGGGCCGAUCCCAGCAGCAGUGCAACGCUGGGCCGACCCGUGA